GCCUGCCCCUUCUUACCGGUGUGGGCGUCGGGCGCUGCCCGCCAUGGAGGAGGUGGGGUGGGCGCUGGCGCGGCUGGGGGCGGUGUGGCUGGGGCUGGUCCUCGCCUUCAUCGUGGUGCCCUCGGCGCUGGGCCUCUCGCUGGGCAUCUCCGAGGCCUACAUGCGGGUCCUGGUGAAGACGCUGGAGUGGGCCACUAUACGGAUAGAAAAAGGUGUCAAAAAGCCCCAGCCCCAGAUGCUAAAGACUCCUGCUGCUAAUGGUAUCAUCGAACGGGAUGAAACGCCGAUGGAGAAAGAAAUUGCGCGGCUGCAUCGAGUGGACUUUGAAUUCUCCGACAUAUUCUACUUCUGCAGAAAAGGGUUUGAGGCCAUUGUGGAAGAUGAAGUCACCCAGAGGUUUUCCUCUGAAGAGCUGGUCUCCUGGAAUCUCCUCACAAGGACUAAUGUCAACUUCCACUACAUCAGCCUGAGGCUGACCAUCGUGUGGGGCAUCGGGGUGAUAGUGCGGUACUGCUUCCUGCUGCCCCUACGCUUUACCCUUGCUGCCAUUGGGAUUACCUCAAUGAUUGUGGGGACAACACUGGUAGGACAGCUGCCAAACAGCAGGGUGAAAAACUAUCUGAGUGAAGUGGUCCACCUCACGUGCUCCCGCAUCCUUGUCAGAGCUCUGUCUGGUACUAUCCAUUACCAUAACAAGGAAAACAAACCUCAGAAGGGAGGAAUUUGUGUCGCCAACCACACAUCACCGAUAGAUGCGAUCAUUUUGACAAAUGAUGGAUGCUAUGCAAUGGUCGGCCAGGUUCACGGUGGGCUCAUGGGAGUUAUUCAGAGAGCCACGGUCAAGGCCUGUCCUCACGUCUGGUUUGAACGCUCGGAAAUGAAAGACCGCCAUCUAGUGACAAAAAGACUGAGGGAACACGUGGCAGAUAAAAGCAAGCUCCCGAUCUUAAUUUUUCCAGAAGGCACCUGCAUAAACAACACAUCUGUGAUGAUGUUCAAGAAGGGGAGCUUUGAAAUAGGAGGCACGAUCUAUCCUGUUGCAAUCAAAUAUGACCCUCAGUUUGGAGACGCCUUCUGGAACAGCAGCAAAUACAACAUUGUGAGCUAUCUGCUGCGCAUCAUGACCAGCUGGGCUAUCGUUUGCAACGUCUGGUACAUGCCACCCAUGGUUAGAAAGGACGGUGAAGAUGCUGUUCAGUUUGCCAACAGAGUGAAGUCAGCCAUUGCUCGCCAAGGAGGACUGACUGAACUUCCCUGGGAUGGGGGUCUGAAACGAGCGAAAGUCAAAGAUACUUUCAAAGAAGAACAGCAGAAAAACUACAGCAAGAUGCUAGUGAGAAAUGGAUCAAUAGGAAGCCUGUCAACAGGAACAGAGUCAGACUGAAUGGUGGUUCUUGAAAACUAAUUUUGCACAACCAGCCUUAGCAGGAAUAAUGUUUUUAAUUAAAAAAAAACAACAACAACAAACCCACAAAAACUGAAGCAACGAAAUCCCUCAUCCUGUGUACGCAUAUUCUCUGUGUGGCUGGUGCAGAGCCUGCCAAAGGCAGUGUCUCUGUAUCUCUCCCUCCCUUUUCACUCUUCCCACUCCCCUUAUCUCCUCCCCAUCUUUAUGUGAUGAUGCACUGCAGCUCCUGGUAUUCUCUAGCUGAAUGUGUGGAGAGUUAAGAGGCAAAAGGAAGAAAGCACACCACAGCUUUUCCUGAGUUUGUAAGUAUGAAGGGAAGUACACUGAUGCUGCCAGGACACUGGUUGUGAAGAUACCUCUUGUUCAUGGUACUUUGAAGCUUUAAACAUAACCAAAUUUUGUCUCUUUUUCCUGUUGCUCACAGACUUUUAGUUGUAGAUGACUCUGACAACAUCCUAAAACAUGUUAUUUGAGCUGUGAGGUUGACUCUUUUGGUUAGCUUGCACGUGGGUGUGCAAGGGGGGGGAAAGGAAGCAAGGGCUUCAGACCCUAGAGAAUGGGAAAGGAGCUGCCAAAAGCACAGUUCAUGGACUCUGAGGAAUUUGGUGGCCUUAUAACAUGGUAUUGCCUUUAUUGAUAACUGCUGCCUGUGGGAAGAUAAGGGGCAAGUCCUCAAAUCUCCCUCAAUGUCCACUGCAAUUUUUGAAAUGGCUUUCUUGAGAAUCUGGAGCUUUAAAAGAAGGGAAGAUACAGCAAGCAGCUGGAUAAUGUAGUCUGACAGACGAAUUUUUAUGAAGUGGGUUUUCAAGACUAUCCUUCUGCAAAAAUUGCUGCUAAUGGCUUUAAAGAUCUCGAGAGAGAGCCGCUCCAGAAACACGUUGUGUGUUGGUCUGGGCUAGCAAUAGCUAUCACAACUAUCAACAUAGGAUCCGUAAGUCACCUCUGAUACAACACGUGGCAUGUGCAAAUCUGCAAUAUAUUGCUGUCUGAACGUAAAGAGAAAUAAAUUCUAUAUUUCUAA